UUCAAGGCUGACUCACACGGUUGGCGCUCACCGACCGGCCUAAAUACUGUCCCAAUCCGGGUACCUUGGUGACAACCAAGAACGACAGAUUGGUGUGAAUGUCUCCUUUGGUCACUCGACUACUAAUUGAAAUGCAGCAUUGUUAUAAAUUUUUCAUUGUUUAAGUUAAAUGUUGAAAGGCGUGUGAACCGAGUGACUAUCAACUUUCCACUAAGGCAAGUGAAAGGAAACUGGGCCUGUCGAUUACCUACCAAUCGUCCCACCGCUGAUGCACCACCAUUGAAUAGGUAUAAGUAUAAAAGAAUAUGGAGAUCGGCAAAGAGGGAGGCGACAGAUCUAGCUAUGAACCCCAUAGACAGUCGAAAAAAUCAUGGUCUGAGUUGCGAGGGGUUGUCGGUGAAUUUCGAAGACGUUUGUCAAAUGCUUCUGAUGGGUCUGCCCCUGAUGCUGUGACGUUCAGAUCAUUGCCAGAUGGCCGAAUCAGAAUAUAUUUCUUGGGAACACCGAGUAACGGUUGGGAAACGACUCUCCUGUAUGUUGAUGUUGGACAGUCUGAUCAUGUGAAGGGAUGUAAGCUACAUUGGCAGCCCAUUAUCGAGGCUAAUUUUCAGAGUGUAUCAAGUGCAAAUAGACUGUCAAGGGAGGAGCAGCUUCUCUGGGAGAGGAAAAGACUGACAACUUGGGGAAUCACAAGCUAUGAGCUCCACCAAGAUAGUGGUGAACUGGUAUUUCCAGCAGCCAGCAGUCUCUACCAGUGUGUGGACACUGGCUUUGGCCCAGGACCCCUAUUUCCCUCUGAACUGAGAAUUUCCACUCCAGGAGCAAAACUCUGUCCCCAAAUAUGUCCCUGGAAUGGAUCUCUGGUAGCUUACACCUGCGCCGGAGACAUCCAUUUGUCACAUUUGAUAACAGGCUGCUCAGUGAGACUGACUCAUGCUAGAAAGGGGGGGAAAAGCCUAGCUGAAGAUCCCCUCACAGCCGGCACUCCAUCCUACGUGAUGCAAGAGGAAUUCACGAGGUACAAUGGCUUCUGGUGGCAGCCGCAAUCCACAGACGGUAUCUAUCGAAUCGUCUACGAGGAGGUGGACGAGAGCGACGUCAAAAUUUUUUGUUUUCCCUCGUCCACCCUCAACUCUGGUGAAAUCGAUGAAUUUCGAUUUCCACGUGCUGGUGCAUUGAAUGCUAGGAGCAACUUGAAAAUGGUGCAGUUUCGUCUGACAGAGGGACUUCAGAUAAUUAAUAUUGAAAUCCUGGAACUUCAGUAUCCCCUUCACAUAAUGUUUCCUUGGAUGGAGUACUUGGUGAGAGUCGGUUGGACACCAAAUGCUCAGUACGUCUGGGUCCAACUAUUAGACAGGAAACAGCAACGAUUGGAAUUGGUUCUGUUGUCAGUGGACAAUUUCUGUGAGCCUCCACCCAACAUCUACAGCUCUGAGAACCAUUUCACACCCUUAUCAGCGAGCGUUCGAGUUAUUUACUCUGAGCAGAGCCCGAUAUGGAUCAAUGUCAACGAUCUUCUCUACUUUCUCCCCUCUGACGACCCUAACGAGGUCAAGUUCAUCUGGGGCAGUGAGGAGUCCCAAUUCAUGCAUUUGUAUCUGAUCACCUCGAGUAUAGCUGGCCUCAACAAUGGUGUGGAGGAACCAUUGGACAGAAUGGACAGUGCGUACCUGCAGCCAAGGAUUAUUUCGAAAAUGGCAAUCACUCAGGGCGACUGGCCGGUUCUGGGAAGGAAACUUUGGGUCGAUGAGGCACAUGGUAUUGUCUAUUUCAUUGGAUUACGUGAGGGCCCGCUGGAGCAGCAUGCUUAUGCUGUUUUUUUGGGGAAGCCACUUGAGAUAAGAUUACUGACUAGACCUGGCCACAGUUACAACAGCAUUUAUCUUAACAAACAGUGUACUUUGAUGGUGGCUGUGUACAGUUCUAUCAAAACUCUACCUACUUGUCAGGUCUUCAGACUAUCGCAAACAGAUUGGAGCGUCGACAGCAUAAGUUUGACUCCAUUGGGAUUUUUGCUGGAGCCCACAAUUUCAGAAUCAGAGAUGUUAGCUCCAUCAAUCUACGCACACAGGAUAUCAUCGGGAGAUACAAUAUACUCCAUGGUCUUCAAACCCCACAACUUCCAGCUUGGUCAGAGGUAUCCUACGAUACUCCAGGUUUACGGUGGACCAGAGGUUCAACUUGUUUCGAAUACUUUCAAGGGAAUGAGACACUUGAGAAUGCACAUGUUGGCUUCUCAGGGUUACUGUGUUGUCCUCAUAGACUCUCGUGGCUCUCAUUAUCGAGGUCUUGUCUUUGAGAGCCACAUUAGGAAAAGAAUGGGCCUCGUAGAGCUGAGGGACCAAGUGGAGGUGCUCAGGUUGUUGGCUGACAAGCUUGGAUACAUAGAUUUGAAUCGAGUUGCUCUUCAUGGGUGGUCGUAUGGGGGUUAUUUGAGUCUGAUGGGGCUUAUACAAUACCCUGACGUGUUCAAACUGGCCAUCGCUGGAGCACCCGUGACCUGUUGGAACCUGUACGACACUGGCUAUACCGAGAGAUACAUGGAUUUGCCUCGUGAUAAUUACCACGGCUACAUGAACAGCUCCGUGAUGACAUACGCAAGUAGAUUCCCAGACGAGGAGAAUCGUUUGCUGAUAAUUCAUGGCCAGAUGGAUGAGAAUGUUCAUUUUUUUCACACCAGUGAGCUCAUAAAUGCACUAGUGAAAAGUGGAAAGCCAUACCAACUGCAAGUAUAUCCCACCGAGAGACACAGUUUACGUAGUUUGGACGCAACCAGGCAUUACGAAACGACACUCCUUUCGUUCCUGCAGAAUCAUCUGUGAUUCGGGUGAGAUAAAUUUUGAAAGCGAUUUUUUUUUAGGGAGAAAAACGAAGAAUUGCGAUGCAACUGCCACUCCAUCUUUUUAUGUACAUAAAUAAGAAACUGAACAUUUAUCCUUUAUUAUUUUUUUUUUCAUCUUCAACUUCUUCCAUUAUUGAAUUUCAUAUUUUGUUCGUUGAUCUGUACACAGGGAGUUGAAUAAUCUAUCGUCGACAGUAUUAAUCAAGAGAAACAGUUAUCGAGACUUUUGUUGCCAUAAUAAUUAAUAAAGUAAAGUUUCAAUGAAAAAUAAUAACCAGUCACUUUUGAUCGGUCUAACGUAGGACAAAACAAAUAUUGAGUGAAAAUACUUCGCACGAUGAGUGAUUUCAUUGGGAGAUUUAUGCUUUAAUGGAGUAUAGAAUAAUGACUUGAAAAUUUUGUAAUUCAGCCAUUAUUUUAUCAGUCGGCAAUACUCACCGUGCAUAAUUGUUUGCGAUUUCUCCUUUUUAUUUAAAAAAAUGUAACGUAAAUCGUACUUAUUGCUUUACAGCAACUCGCGUUUCCCAAAUUAAUUGAUCUUUUUAUAUCCAUAUGUUUUUGUUCUAUUUUUUUUUAAUGAGAUAAUGAGAAUUGUCAUGUACAUACUGUCUCGAUCGAUCUCGUCCUAUCAUGAUGAUAAUAUUGAAAUAAACCAAGCAGAAUGGUAGAGACGAGUAGUAGUUUAAUGCAGGUAUUUGCGAAUCGUCAUCAUUGUGAAACAAUAUGCAUUCAUUGAAUUAUGAUUUAAUUGUCAAUAAAUAAUAAAUUCACUAUUUUAUA